CAUGUUGAUGCAGCGUGGGGGCGAGGAUACGAAACCUUGCAGAUUUGUCGCAGCCGGCGAGAGGGUGAGGUUUAUCGAUUGUAAAGUCAUAUUAAUAGUAUCUGCCUUUUGUGGUUUGUUUAAUUCGCAAACAUUUAUUUGAUAACGUCAAAUAUGUCGACUUCUGGUGAUUUUGGGAAUCCACUGCGAAAGUUUAAGCUCGUAUUUCUAGGGGAACAAAGCGUGGGGAAAACAUCCUUGAUUACCAGAUUUAUGUACGACAGUUUUGACAAUACUUAUCAGGCAACAAUAGGAAUAGAUUUUCUUUCCAAAACAAUGUAUUUAGAGGAUCGAACGGUAAGACUUCAACUGUGGGACACAGCUGGUCAAGAAAGAUUUCGAAGUCUCAUUCCUAGUUAUAUUAGGGACUCUACUGUUGCUGUUGUUGUGUACGACAUCACAAAUGCUAACUCCUUUCACCAAACUUCCAAGUGGAUUGAUGAUGUCAGAACAGAACGUGGAAAUGAUGUAAUCAUCAUGUUGGUUGGAAAUAAGACAGAUUUGGCUGAUAAAAGACAAGUGACAACAGAAGAGGGUGAAAUAAAGGCCAAGGAUCUUAAUGUAAUGUUUAUUGAAACCAGUGCUAAGUCAGGAUAUAAUGUCAAACAGUUAUUCAGGCGAGUUGCUGCAGCUUUGCCUGGAAUGGAGAACACAGAAAGAACAAAAGAAGACAUUGUUGAUGUUGAUCUCAAAGACUCUCCAGUUGAACUACAGAAGCAAGAGGGUGGGUGUUGGUGCUAGGACUCUCCAGAACCUGAGGGUGGGUUCUAGUGCUGUAGUCUCCAUCACGAUAGAGGGAAUUCUGGCAAUAGGAUAACACUAAAACUAUCCGAGAUGAGGUAGCUUCUAUUGCUAGAACUAUCCAAAAUAGGAUGGACUCUGGUUAUAGGACUACAUGGAAUGUGAGGACAAAUAAGAGCUUAUAAAUCACCCAAAAUCUCUGUGUGAAUGGGUUACUCUGAAAGACUUAAGGCAGCAUGUUGGCAGAUUCCUCACUUGGUGUUGGAGUUUCAUUGUUUUAGUAGAAAAGUUAAAUUAAGUAGCAUAGGGAAUUUCUUUGUUUAGCUAUAUGUGCAUUGUGCAUGUACCUGGGAGGUGUUAUUUCACAGCAUCUUCUGCCCAUGUUUAAUAUUGCAUAACUUGAUUCAUUCAGAAAGUUGAGAUUUAGCUGGGUUACACAGCUACUUAUUAAACUUUGUAUCCGGCACAUAUUCAACAGUUUCAGAUUUAUCUAACUUAAUGACCUACUUAACUUCUGUAUUCAGAACAUAUCCCCAUAAUAUAGUGCGUUUAACAGAAACUUGGUAUGUUCUUUAAUCUUCCAAAAAUUGUGAAAUAAUGUUGUUGUUUUUUAUUAUCAAACUGUGUAAAUUCUAUUGCUUUACAUACAUGUUGUUACAAAAGGAUUUUGAAAGGACUCUCACCAAGCCCAGUAUGUUUUUUGUGAGAUAGCAAGUAAAUGUCACAAUUUAGGUAGCUCAAAAUGGAAGCAGUGGGAAAAUGAAAAGAUUUAAAAAAAGAAAUUGGAAGGUGGUAUAAAUAGAAGAAUAUUAUUCCAUUUUUGAACUUUGUGCUGUACCUUAACCUGGGUUAAAUGAACACUGUUGAUUUCUAAACAUUAAAAAUAGGUUGUUUUGAUCAAAUGCAGCUAUAUUUUGUUUAUGUAAGUAGUAGCCUGUAAAUGAAAUCAAUAACUGAUUGCCAGGUUGUGAGAGUCAUGAUAGUUUGUCAAUAAAUUAUAAACAAAUCAGAGAACAUAAAAGUAAUCCAGAACAAAAAAAACAUUGACUUUUUUUAUUUACUUUGUUCACAGACUAAAAAUGAAAACCUUCCUGUGUUUAUGUUCAUUGUAUAAUUUUUUAUAUUCUUGUUACAGUUUAAUUUUACUUAUGUCUAUUUCCAUGAAUUGCUCAUAUUUUAUUGAUAACUGUAAUAAGUGCUAUAUCUCCACACUUAGGUUGUUACUUUAACUAUUCCUUUAGAAAAAAAACAAAAAACAACCCUUUCACAAAUUUUCCUGAUCUUCCAAAUAAAAAUAUAUUCAACGUAAGAAAUAAUAUACGAUUUUGAAUUUUAAUUGUUUCAAAUUAUAAUUUAUGGAUUUUAAUCAUGGCAUCAUUAGAUGGUUAAGUUACGUUGUUAAAGUAAGUUAAACUAACGUAAGUAAUUGUAAAUUUGGGUAAUGUCUUGUAUACUAUGGGGUUCACGAAAGAAAAAUUGUAGUUCAGAAAUUAUCAAUACAGGUUGGACACGCUGUCUUUUUUGAAAAAAAUCAUUUGUGGAUUAACAACUUUCAGAUCUCAAAACAGUGUAAGCUUUUAAAAUAUGUCGGGUAAAUUUUAAACUAUUUAAUUAUUUUCCACCUGAUGCAAAAACAGACUAUCCAAUAAGUUUAUACCACUGUUUGCCUAGAGUUGUGCCAUCAGUUCUGUAUUGGACAGUGAGGUGUUUUGUAUUUAUCAAAGAAGUGGAUCUUGUAUUUCUACUGAUAUUAGCAGUUUUGUGUUAGGUUAUUUCAAAGAUUGUUAUAAAAUUUAAACUGCUGAGAACAUGUUCAAAAUAAACUGAACUUUGCACAUCCUGGUCACUGUGUAACUGUACAUUUGUUGAGAGAUUUCUACGUAGUUGUGAACACAUAUUUUUAACAAGUUUGUAGACCUAUGAGCUGAGUAUGGAAUUUUUAAUAGGGAUUUUGAAAAAAAUGUUUCUUGUGGCUGUUUCCUGUAAAUGUGGCCCUCACAGGGAAUAUCUAAUAUACAAAAGGUGUAAUAAAUUGAACAAAUAGUUAUUUUAUUAGUCAUAGACAUUUAGUAUUUAAGAACCACAACAAAGGUUGAGGGCAGGGGUACCCUUGGGUAGUGAGGCCCUGUGCGAGUUUAAGAGUUUAAGGGCUGAAAGUAGCACUAUGAAUGUGCAGUUUUUUGGUAAUGACUCAUCUUCCAAUAUCCUGUUCCUUUUAUAAACUGGAUAAAGUAAAUUUAAGUAAAAGAAAAAAGCAUCAAAGUAAAAUACCUCCAGAAUGUAAUGCAGUAAUGUUUAAUUCAGUAUAUCUUUAUAGAGCUUUACACACAAGCCUGGUGAAAUUUAUGAUAAAUUGACAAUAACAAAUACUGAUUACGUGGUUUUUCCUGACAGAAUAACUGAAGUGCUGUUUCAUGUGUGAAUGGCACCUUGUGAAAAAGUUAAAGGCUAGGUAAACAUUUGAAACAUGCUUUUUCUCAUGACUACUUAAGGAUUGGAAAGAAAACUAAAUUAAUGCAUCUAAAAGUCCAUUGAAAUGUAAAAUAUGUCAGAUAUGACAGUUCAUUACGCAUGUAAAGGAAUACAGAGUAUUGGAAUAAACUUAUUUUUUAUUGUGAGUGUAAAAGAGAUCAGCAGAACACCAUUCAAGAUUGAAAGUGGUUUUGUCCUCUUUCUUGCUUUAUGGUUGUUUUCCAUAUACUUUUUUUAACACAUCACUGUCUAAGAAGUUUGCCAAUAUAUUUCACUUUACUUUUCACGCAUGAAGAUAUGUCUGUCAAAUUAGGAUUUCUGUUGCAUGCUUGAAGCCACGUAGUUCAGGGACUGAGAUGACAUUUAUAAGAUUAGAGGCUCAAAAACUGUCUAUAGAGUUUUGCUAGUAUAGUGUUAAACUUAACUCUUUAUACAAGAGUGGUGGUAAUUAUAAUCAAUAGUAUGGAGUAAAUAAGGCAAGUGGCCAAACAUGAGAAAAUAAAAUAUAAAAUUAAAAAUUCCUUGUUCAAUUUCAGGGCCUCUACAAGCACUAGGGCCUGGAGCAGCUUCACUGCAUGCACCUGUCUGAGGCUGCUCCUGGUUCAAAGAAAGUUGUGUUCCACGUUUACCAUUUGGUAAUGAUCUCGUUUUCUGUUUAAUACUCUUCAAAUUAAGACACAAAAUCUCACAAACUAAGUUGCACUAGUACUUGACUAAACCAAAGAAUUUACUAAUUAAAUGAAGCAUUGAUAAACUUAUGAGUUAAUUAAAAUCAAAAUACUGUAAUUUGGAAUUAAAAUCACUGCUAUUUCUAAAAUUUUAAUGCAUGAAAGUUGUGAUUUAUUGCAAUCUGGAGAAUAUUUCACCUCUUGGGCAGACAGCUUUCAAAAGAUUUAUUACAAUGAUGUAGAAAUAAUUUCUGACCUUUAGUUGUCUUCUGAAAGGUCCGAUUUAUUUCUCUUCUUUUGUACCAUCAGAAAAUAUAAUACCCAAGUAAAUUGCUCAGGUACUCAUCUGUUUCUUGCCAUUAGACAAUUAUGCUUUUUUUUUUCUCUUCCUCCUCAAACAAAAUCAGGUGCUAGUAUUUGAAGAAAUUACGAAUCUUGUGUUGUAGAAUCAAACAAUUAUCAUCACAUGCAAUACACUCAAACUAUGGGGAGCUGAAAAACUAACCUAAUCGACCAAUAUACUCAGUGUAAAAUAGGAAAAAAUUAAUUAUUAAAGAAUAUACUUCUGGGUACUACAGUUACAUCUUAAUACAUUUUUUCUUAAUGUUUGAAUCACACAGGUACCUAAUUAUUGUCAAGUUCUUCCCUUCUUUUCAUUACAGGUUAAUUAUUUUUCUAAUUUGUUGUUUUGUACAUUUCAGGCUGGUUGACUAGCUGCCACCUGAACUGUUACUGUAUACAGUGUUUUUUAUUAUUUUUUUCUGUUAUUAAGAACUUGAAAUAAUGAUUCUAUUACAUCAUGGCUAUCUUUUUUGUUGUCCUUUCCUUCUUAAUAGUGCAAUCUAUUUUUUUAAAUUUUGAUUUUUGUUCAAUGUCUUUGCAAUCCAAAACUGCUUAAGUUGCAUCCUAAGAUGUGAAAUAUUAAUGUAAUAAAGAAUUUUCAUACUUUUUUCUAAACAUUUUUGUGAAUUGCAAAUGUAUUUCUUCUAGUUUUAAUAAAUAAAGCCUUAAAAUUGAACACUGCAAUCUCUUCAACAACAUGUAUGUUACCACUGACUUUUCAAGUUUUUUUUUCUUUUUAAAUUAUACAGGUAUAUGCAUAAUCUAAGUAAGUGGUCCUAGAGUCACUGUCAUAAGAGUGUGGUUGUCCAUGUUGCAUAUACUACAAUGAUUUUUUAAGUUAACAAUCAGACUUAGGAAGGUAUUUCCUAUGUUUAUCCCUGAGGCCUUUAAGGAGAUGUACAUGAGUUAGAUUCUGUGUUCUAAUGUAUUUUUGGGAUUACUUGAGUUGAUCUAGCUAGAUUGAUCAAAAAAGAAAGUUCUAGGUCUUUCUAAGAUAAUGUAUGUAGUAAAUAAAUUACAAGGUGUUGAAUGGUUUUAUAGAAUGUGUUGUUGAAACUUUAAUUUUGUUUACUUUGUCUUCCCCUUUACGUAAAGAGAUAAAAGUUCAGUGUCAAAGAAAUUCUACUGAAAGUAUUUGUGUCGCAUCGCAUCGUAUCAUAAAAAAAGUAAACAACUUGAUUUUUUUUGCACCCCCAUUUGUGGUAAUGUAAUAAAUUGUAAAUAAAUGUGAAAAAAACAAACUUGUAAGGUUUGCCUUUAUUCCCUCAGUGUCUUAAUUUCCCCUUGAACUAUUGAUUGAAGAGAGUAGAAAAGGAGGUUUUAUGUAUAAAUCUUCUUGUGAAAUUUUGAGUUGCUUUUCUGUAUUUUUCUUUCUACUAAAGCAAUAAAGAUUAACUUUCCAA